GAGACCUCCGUGGCACAGCUGCAUGUGUAGUCGCUCUUGAAGCAAUUGCACACCUAAUUGGCUGACAAUCUUGGCAUUUAAAAAAAAUAUAUAAAGACAGGGGACAUCUGUAUUUAUGAGUUGUCAAAUAAACGUGUUGGGUGUCAUCUAAUGGAGCCUUCUGGCAGUGAACAGAUCUAUGAUGACCCUGAUCCUGGAGGCAAAUCCCAAGAUCAAGAUACCAAAAAGCAACACGAAUCUGAGCAAAAGUUGUCCAAAAUUACUCAUAAUGCUUUGGAGAACAUUAAUGUGAUUGGCCAAGGCUUGAAGCAACUUUUCCAGCACCAGCGCAGGAGGUCCUCGGUGUCUCCACAUGAUGUGCAACAAACUCAGGCUGAUAUGGAGCCCGAAAUGGAUUUGGAAAGCCAAAGCGCCUGUACUGAAAUUGAUGAUGUCUCCACCCACCCCACAGCUCUGAAUCGAGUGCUUCAGCAGAUCAGAGUGCCACCUAAGAUGAAGAGAGGGACAAGCCUGCAUAGCAGGCGGGGCAAAUCGGAUGCCCCAAAGGGAAGCCCACAGAUCAACAGGAAAUCUUCCCAAGAUAUUCAUUCAGGCCGGCCCAGGUCUUCCUCCACCACUGAUGCUCCUACUAACCUGUCUGUGCUGGAGAUGACUUCUGUUUGUGUAGCUGGUGAGGAGGCCUCAGCAGCGGAGCGGAUCGAACGGUCAGAAGUAAGCAGCCUAGCACAAACCCCUAAUGCAGUGGCCUCAAGCACUGAUGGCAGCAUCAAUGCAGACUCUGUUGAUGGGACCCCGGAUCCACAGCGGACAAAAGUGGCCAUCACUCACUUGCAGCAGAAGAUACUGAAGUUGACAGAGCAGAUCAAAAUUGAGCAAACAGCCCGGGAUGACAAUGUGGCAGAAUACCUGAAACUAGCCAAUAAUGCUGACAAGCAGCAGAGCGCCCGCAUCAAGCAAGUGUUUGAGAAGAAGAACCAGAAAUCGGCUCAAACCAUUUUGCAGCUGCAGAAGAAGCUAGAGCACUACCAUCGGAAGCUUCGUGAGGUUGAACAAAAUGGAAUCCCUCGGCAGCCAAAGGAUGUCUUCAGGGAUAUGCACCAGGGCUUGAAGGAUGUGGGAGCAAAGGUCACUGGCUUUAGUGAAGGAGUUGUAGACAGUGUUAAAGGUGGGCUUUCCAGCUUCUCCCAAGCCACACAUUCGGCAGCAGGGGCUGUGGUCUCCAAACCCCGGGAGAUUGCCUCCCUGAUAAGGAACAAAUUUGGGAGUGCGGACAAUAUUGCUAAUCUAAAGGACUCUUUGGAAGAGGGUCAGGAAGAUGGGAAGACUCUAGGUGUUAUUCAUAACUUUCAGUCAAGCCCAAAAUAUGGUAGUGAGGAGGACUGUUCAAGUGCCACAUCUGGUUCAGUUGGAGCUAAUAGCACCACAGGGGGUCCAGUGGGAGCUUCUAGCUCCAAAACAAACACUCUGGAUAUGCAGAGCUCAGGGUUUGAUGCAAUACUACAUGAGAUUCAAGAGAUCCGAGAGACACAGGCAAGACUGGAAGAAUCCUUUGAGAACCUUAAGGCUCACUAUCAGAGGGAUUAUUCGUUAAUAAUGCAGGCUCUGCAAGAGGAGCGGUACAGAUGUGAACGACUAGAAGAGCAGCUAAAUGACCUGACAGAGCUCCACCAGAAUGAGAUCCUUAAUCUAAAGCAGGAGUUGGCCAGCAUGGAAGAGAAAAUAGCUUAUCAGUCCUAUGAGCGAGCUCGAGACAUCCAGGAAGCGCUAGAAGCCUGUCAGACCAGGAUCUCCAAGAUGGAACUUCAGCAGCAACAGCAACAAGUGGUGCAGCUGGAGGGCCUGGAAAAUGCCACUGCCAGAAACCUGCUGGGUAAAUUCAUCAACAUCCUUCUGGCGGUCAUGGCUGUUCUCCUAGUCUUCGUCUCUACCGUGGCCAACUGCGUUGUCCCCCUCAUGAAAACUCGCAACAGGACGUUCAGCACUUUAUUUGUGGUGGUUUUCAUUGCCUUUAUGUGGAAGCACUGGGACGCCGUCGCUGGCUACUUGGAACGAUUCUUGUCGCCCCCCAGAUGAUGGCGCAAGGAAUCAGCUGCAUCGCCCCAC